AUGACUGCUAUUCGGAUAUCCGACACUGAUCGAAAGCUCAUUGAUGAGCUCAAAUCAAAAAUCCAAAACGAAUUGGAACUUGUUCCAUCGUAUUCGGAUGACCUGUCGCUUCUGCGUUGGCUGGUUGGAUGGGAUCGAAAAGUGGAUGUGAUCGUACCAAAGAUCAGGUUCUCUUUACGAGCAAUUCACGCAUUGGGACUCCAUAAAGAAGACCUAUCAACGCUCGAAAAGGUCACUGCAAAGUGCGAUGAAUGCAGUAAACCUUUACAAUACUUACCUGGAUCUCUUCUUGGAUUCGACAAGGAGGGAAAUGUGAUCUCGCUACAGAUGAUUGGCCGCCUGGAUGUGGCCGGCCUAAUGCCCUGUACACGUAACUCUGAUCUUUAUCGGAUGAGAAUCGCCGAAAGUGAAGCUCGAGAAAAGGAAUUUGGCAAGCAGUUAGGCACGUCGGUGAUUUUCGAUCUUGAUGGCCUGAGUCUAUCACAACUUGACGUACAAGCAAUGAAGGUCGUCACCACAAUGUUAGCACAAUUACAAGAGAUGUUUCCUGAUGUCAUCCGAAAAAUAUUCGUCAUAAACGUUCCUCCGUUCAUUCAAAUACUAUGGGGAAUGGUGUCACCGUGCUUGGCGAAACAAACUCAACAAAAAAUCAGAAUUCUAGGUAACGAUUGGAAAGCCAUUUUGAAGGAAUCAAUAGGAGAAGAUGUCCUAUAUGAGAAUUGGGGAGGAACUCGUAAAGCAGAUACACCAUUUGGUCAUGUUCGAACGGGUGGUAAGGUACCGUUGGACCUCAGGUACGAUUCUUCCAAUGAUUUACCUGCUGAUAAGUUACAAAAGUUGGUUAUACCUGCUAGAUCGAUGGAAUUCGUCCCCAUAAAGGUGGAAGGUUCUGAAGCCGGCCGAAAAAUCACUUGGUGGUGGCGAUUAGACGGAAAUGAUAUAGGAUUUGCGGUCUACCGUUCUGCACCCGGCCAGGAAAAGGUGGCGGAACACAAUGACGAUUAUAUGGCACACCCAAAGUUCAGGUUACAAACUGAUUUCGUACCGGAAGAUGGAGAGAUCCUUGCCGAAGAACCUGGCGUGUACAAAUUCGUUUUCGACAACACUCACAGCAAAUUACGUUCAAAAACAGUAAAAUAUUGUAUUACUGUAGUUAGUGGCCUCAGGAAAUAA